AUGGCGGACCAGCAACAGCACUAUUAUCCUCCCCCCCCAGGCGCUGCUCAACCUGCAGCUGCUGCUCCAGAGAAGCGCCAGCAACAAUACUAUGCGCCUCCUCCAACUUCACCUCCCGUAGGACAGCCACAGUUCUAUCCCUCGCCGCCAACUUCUUCACCUCCUGCCAAUCAGCAAACAUACUAUGCGCCUCCUCCUCAGUCGUCCCCAGGACAUUACCCUCCUCCCCAGCAGACGCCGUCACCACAGGCAAAUACCAGACCUACUCCGACUCAGUACCCUCCCCCUCCAGUCCAGCAGCCCCAGCCUCAAAACCCUCAGAUGAACAUGGCUCAUCGACCAGCUCCCGGCACUACGUCGCCGCAGUCUCAGUACAGCGCACCUCCUCCUCCAUUUCCCAACCCUGAAGCCCAGUAUGCUCCUGAGAAGACCGCAGCACCCUCCUUUGCGCCGCCACCUUCACAGCCUCAGCAGGAAGAAGCACAGCAAGCCUCUGCACCCCAGCUCUCCGCUUCGGGUGCUCCUGAUGCUGCACACUUUGUUGGCGCCAGUGCAGCGAUUGACGAUGUCGGCACGUUCAACGGCGGUAGCUAUCGAAUUAGCCAUCGCGAUUGCAACACCAUCCUGACCAUUCAGCUUGCCAUGGGUGCACCUCUUUCAGCUAAGCCAGGCGCCAUGAUUUCCAUGUCUCCCACGGUUACUCUUAAGGGUGAAGUCAAAUUUAGCAUGAAAAAGAUGAUUGCCGGCGCCAGUCUUUCGACCUCCCACUACACUGGUCCUGGAGAGCUUCUCUUAGCUCCCCCCAUGUUGGGAGAUAUCACCAGCAUUCGCCUGAGUGGUAAUGACUUCUGGAAUGUUGGCCACGAUGCCUACCUGGCAUCUACUCAAGGCAUCAUCAAGGAUCAUAAACGUCAGGGACUGUCCAAAGCCAUUUUUAGCGGCGAAGGUUUGUUUGUAUACAAGAUCAGUGGUGUAGGUAUCCUAUGGAUUGCCAGCUUUGGUGCUAUUAUUCGAAAGGAUCUUGUCGAAGGCGAACGAUAUAUCGUCGAUAACGGCCAUCUUGUUGCAUGGAAUACCAAGUAUGUUCUGGAGCGCGUUGCCUCGGGCGGCUUCAUCUCUGGUAUCGCUUCUGCCGAAGGUUUGGUUUGCAAGUUUACCGGCCCCGGUACAGUAUUCUUGCAGACUCGUAAUGCCAGCGCCUUUGCCGCAUUUGUUGGUGGCCAGUCGAUCCAGGCUUCCUAA